UACAGAUGAGAUGAUUCAUUUAAUUUGGUACGCGCGGGAAGCCUGCAACGAAUUGGCCGGAUCACAUAGUAAGAUUUGGUCGGCUUUAUAUCAUAUAAGUUCAAAAAAAUUAAAAAAUAAUAAUAAUAACCUAAUAUGCAUGAAGUUCUAUCCAACUCAAUUUAACCCUUUGUCAUGCGAAAGAGGCACGUUGUUCUCUAGGCUAUUCUUCAUUGAUAAGAGUUAUACAUACCCCUUGGAUCCUUUUCCCAGUAACUGGGCAUUUAGGUCCACUUGCUCUCUUCUUAGUUGUCUAGUACACAAGCUUUCCACCUACAUUUCAAUUUUCAAACAUUUUAUAAUUCAGCCUCACAAUGGAAAACCCUUAGCCGAGUCUAGUAUAAUCCUGGAAUACAUUGACCAGACCUGGAAUCAUGCCCCUCGAUUCCCGCCAGAAGAUUCCUACAAAAGAGCUCAAAUUCAAUUCUGGGCUGGUUUUAUCCAGCAACAGUUGUUUGAGCUUCUUGGUAGACAGCUCAGUACAGAUGGGGAAGCACAAGAAAAGACAAGUGAAGAAGCCUUUGAGAAAAUUAACUUGUUGGAAAAAGGAAUGAAAGAAUAUUUUUCUGAUGUGGUUCCAGAUGUUGAUGAACAGAAUUUUGAAUUUUUAGACAUUUUGGUGUGUUCGGUGUUCUGUGUUCAAAAUGUUUGUGAAGAAGUCCAUGGUGUAAAAGUAUUGGAUCCGAAGAGAAACCCCUUUCUGCUUUCAAGGGUUGGCUUGAAAGGUUGA